AUGCCUAGCCACAUCACACCUAUCCUCGACCACUUCGUCAUCCUCGUGUCCCACAAAACCCUCGUUGAAAUCUCCGAAUACACCGAUGGCCAUUUUACCCUAGCGCCGGGCGGAACUCACGCCGACGGGCUCACAACAAACAAGCUCAUCCUCUUCCCAGACGGAGUUUACCUAGAGCUCAUCGCCUUCUUCGACGAUAUCGACCCCGAAGCACGACGCAAACAUCGCUGGGGUAACGAAAAAGAAGGCACGAUCAUUGACUGGGCAUUCACAUUACCUUCCGAAAACGACUUCGACGCAAUUAAACAGCGGUUUCAAGACUCUGCUACUGGCUUCUCCUAUACAAAUCCCACCCCCGGUGGCCGCACAAAACCGGACGGGACCGUCUUGAAAUGGGCAAUCUGUGCAGCUCGAGAUGACCAAGGUAACGCGGUGGCUCCGGGAUCCUUGCCGUUCUGGUGUCUUGACAGGACGCCUAGAGCAAAUCGCGUUCCUUAUGAGAUAGAGGUGCAGUUCACUCGACACCCCAAUGGAGUCCAAGGUGUUUCUUCUGUGUUGGUUCAGGUUCCUGGUGGAGGGGACGUGGAGCUUAAGGGCGCAUACGAUGCGGUAUUUGGGGGUGCCUGGAGAUAUGCGGUGCCCUUAGGUUCGACCACCGACAGACAUACGGUUACUCUUUCUGGGGGCGAGGCUGCCAUUCAUUUGGUGUUUCAUGGGUCAAAGAGUGGAAAGGUAGAGCUUUUGCCUGGGCUUUUCUUCGAUAUUGAAGUAUCAGCAUAG